AACGAUGUUUGUCGAACAUUUCUUUUGUGUUUAGUCGAUUGAUUUAGACAUUAGUGUGGUGGGUUGGUGUUUUUUUAACCUAGUGACAAUAGGAAAAUGCACUUCAGAUCGACAAUAAUAUUGUUAUGACCGAUUACCACCGUAGCGUCAAAUAUCAUCUUCGCACGCCACCGUCACCGCUUCGACCGGGUGUCAAGGUCCAGCGAUGAAAAAAAUGAUUACACAAUAAUAGACGGAAUUGUGCAUAAGACGGUGUAUUUUAUUCGGUGCCUUCGCUGGCGGUCUGCAGAUAUAUAGGUAGUAGUUGUAGACGGUACACUCCUGCUUUCGGGUCGGUAAAAACAACAACAACAAUAAUAUUAUAUAUUAUAUUUUAAUAAUCAUCGACGGUUUUAUCGGUCCGUCCGCACCGCAAUCGCGGGGUUUAUGCCACUUGAGAGUCGGUCGCAGCUCUUAGAUUAGCUAGACGACGUGUAAAUUAUGCAAAAAACGCGUCUUUUCAGUCGAUCAUCAAACCUAAGGACGCAGUGGAUCGCGAUUCGUCGUGCAGCAAUCGCCCACGACCGUCUUGAUAACAGCCGCAGGCGAUUCGAAAUUCGACCGACGUUUAUUAUUAUUAUUAUACAUUUACUAUCGGUUUUUGUGUAACGCCAAAAAUGCACGAGACGACAAAACCCAACUCAAACGAUCAUGUCAAGAAAAAACAAAUGCAGAGAGCGAUUAAAAACGAAAAAAUCAACAAGUUCUUUCACCAACAUGUACCGAUCACCAAGUGGCUUCCAAAAUACAACAGUGAAAAUGCGAUGGGUGAUAUGAUAUCAGGUAUCACAAUUGGACUCACGAUGAUACCACAAAGCAUUGCAUAUGCAUCGCUGGCUAAUUUAUCACCACAGGUUGGGUUGUAUUCAGCACUGAUGGGAGGGUUCAUAUACAUGACUUUCGGGACCGUGAAGCAGGUUUCCAUGGGACCUACAUCUCUAAUGGCUUUACUCACUUACGAGUACACAAAAAAUUUGACUCCGGAAUAUGUGGUGCUAUUGACAUUCAUGUGUGGAAUCGUUGAAAUAUCGAUGGGAUUAUUUAAACUUGGAUUCUUGGUCGACUUUAUCUCCACUCCGGUGACAUCGGGCUUUACAACCGCUACUUCCAUUAUAGUGGUUAUGUCGCAAGUAAAAGGUAUUUUGGGCGUGAGAUUCAAAGGCGAUACAGUUAAAGACAUAUUGGAGAAACUGAUUGAGCACUUCCACGAGAGAAGAAGCGGUGACAUGAUUUUUGGACUAGGCGCCAUUGCUUUAAUUCUAUCUAUGAGGGAAUUACGUAAUGUACCGGUCAAAGGGAUCUUGAAAAAAGUUUUGUGGUUCAUUUCCUUGAGCCGGAACACAUCUGUCGUCUUACUCGCAAUGUUUAUCACGUAUUUAUUCGAAUCCAGCGGAACUCCCCUGCCGUAUUUGACCUCAGACACUGCUGAAACUGGAUUGCCGUCACUACAGUUUCCGCCCUUUGGAUACACGUCAGGGAACACAACCGUCACGCUGCCCGAUAUGUUGUACGAGAUCCGGUCUGCCAUAUUCAUCAUACCACUUGUGUCGGUGCUGGCCAACGUGUCCAUUGCUAAAACUUAUGCUAACGGAGGUAUAGUAGAGGCGACGCAGGAGAUGUUGGCUUUGGGCAUGUGCAACAUAGCAGGGUCGUUCAUUAUGUCGAUGCCCACAUGCGGUGCGUUCACUCGGAGCGCCCUGAGCCAAGCUAGCGGUGUCCAAACGACGUUGUCCAACAUAUACGCCACCGGUUUAAUAUUGCUGGCCACCAUGUUCCUCACGCCUCAUUUUCAUCUCAUCCCAAGGGCGGUACUGUCCUCAAUUUUGAUCAGCGCCGUGUUGUUCAUGGUAGACUAUCAGAUAGUCAAACCUCUUUGGAAGACCAACCGAGCGGAGCUAUUCGUUACAUUGGUCACACUUUUGAUAAGCCUUUUCUUUACCGUUGAAAUCGGUUUACUUGCAGGCAUAUGUGCAAACAUUAUUCAUUUAGCUCUUAUGUGGUCCAGACCUAAACUAAAAAUCGAAUUAAUUAAAUCCAAAGGAGUGGAGUUCGUAUUGAUAACGCCAAACAACGGACUGUAUUUUCCAGCGAUUGAUUAUUUGUAUAGGGAAAUCAUGCGAAUCCCAAAACAGGAAGGCUACGCAAAAAUACCAUUGGUUAUAAACUGCGCACACUUAAAGGGACUGGACUACACUGCCGCCAAGGGGCUGAGCCUAAUAUCUUCAGAAAUCCAGGCCAAGGACCAACGUUUUGUCGUCCUGAGUGCGUCGGAAAAAAUGCAAUACGUUUUUCGAAAGUCUGGCUGCAAGUCGAUGGUGUUCUGUAACUCGCUCGAUGCACUACCCGCCACAAUUAUAGGCGACCAUUGCAAAGAAAAAUGUGCACUGAAUAGCUCAUCGACGAGGCGUAAUGAUACUGUGGUCGUUGACGUUCCGAUCACGCUGGCCGAGGUGACUCCUCUGUUGAACGUCAAGACCCCGAACGGUAACGACACCAGAGUUGACCUUUAGCAGGGAUAGAAGCAGUGAUAGCAGUAAUUUUAAUUGGCUAGGUUAUAUGUAUACCCGUGUCCGGGCUAGGUUAGUAACUCAAAAUUCGAAUUGCCUCAAAUUUGACCGUAUUGAAUUGUUUUCCGUGAAUUUUAUUUUUACUGGCUGGCUGUAUAAUAAUACGAAAAUGUUUGUAUGGAUGUAAUAAUAUUGAAUAAAUAGCUGAAGUCAAUACCACCGUAAAUAAUCAGUUAUAAAAAGUAAUAUUUUAACAAAAAAUGCGUUAACGCACAAUAAUAUCUUGUUAUAAAACUGAAGAUAAUAGUAAAUAAUUAUGCCUUUGCCGACUAAUAGUAGGUGCAGUAAAAAAUCGAUAAACAAUUUGUGCGUAUGCUAUGGGAGGCAGUUCGAGUGAAAAACGGUCACCUACUUAGACUUACUUAGGUGUGGGAGUCAAUUCGUCUGUGACUCUGUGUCCUAUACAUCUAAUAUUAUUAUAUUAAUUUAUAUAUUUUAUGUAAAGUGUUUUGUUGAUAAUAAUAUUUAAUAUAACGAUCAUUUUAUUGUAUUCCGUUCGACUGUACAUACAUUAAUUGUAAAUAAAAAUAUGAUUAAUAUUUAAUAUGUUAUAAUGUUAUGUGUAACGGAUUUGUCAUAAUUAUAUUGCGCUUCCGGCGGUUAUUGUUAUUAUGUACCUAUUACUGACAUAUUUCAUUGUACUGUGACUACUGCUGUUAAAAAUGUUAUUAUAUGGAAUUUUUAUAUUGAAUUAUAAUAAAAUAUACCUAUACAAUA